AUGGCGAAAUCAAUAAAACGGUUAUCAGCAAUGGAUUUCUUAAACGAAGAAGAAGAUUAUAACCACCAGAACAACCGAAGAAGCAAGUCGAUUUCAAGAUCAAAACGGAAACAACUUGCACUCUCAUGCAUGCUAAACACCGAGGUAGGUGCAGUUCUUGCAGUCAUUCCUCGAAGCCCCGAAUUCAACCCUCUCUAUUCCUCCCUGGAAGACACCUUCGACUCCUCCAUUGUCACCUCCUUAAGGUCUCUUCGUUCUCUCAUCUUCAACCCUACACAAGAAUGGCGCAGCAUUGACCCCUCUAUCUACCUCUCCCCGUUCCUUGACGUCAUUCUCAACGACGACAUGCCUGCCGCCGCCACAGCCGUCGCCCUCUCUUCCAUCCUCAAGAUCCUCAAGUUCGAGGUGUUCGAUGAAAGGACUCCCGGUGCCAAAGAAGCCAUGGAAGCCAUUGUUACCGCCAUCACCGGUUGUCGACUCGAGAAAACUGAUCCGGUGUCUGAGGACGCCGUUAUGAUGAAGAUUCUUCAGGUUCUUGCUGGGACAAUGCACCACAGGGCUUCCAUCUUGCUCAGUGAUCCCGCUGUGUGCACGCUUGUCAAUGCUUGUUUCCAAGUUGUGCAGCAAUCUGUUAAUCGCGGUGAUUUGCUUCAGAGGAAUGCCAGGUACACCAUGCAUGAGCUUAUACAGGUUGUGUUUUCUAGGCUUCCAGAGCUUGAGAAGAAGGGUGGCCGCCACCAAACGGACGACGAUGAUGAUGAUGAGGAGGAUGAUGAUGGUGGUGGUGGGGAAGUGACUGGCUAUGGGAUUAAGUGUGCCAUUGACAUAUUCCAUUUCUUGUGUUCACUGUUGAAUGUUGUGUCUGUGAUUGAGAAUCCUGAUGGGACUUUACCUCACACUGCUGAUGAGAAUGUUCAGAUCUUUGCGUUGCUUAUGAUCAAUUCUGCUCUUGAACUUAGUGGGGAUGUUAUUGGGAGGCACCCUAGGCUCUUGAGGAUGAUCCAAGAUGAUUUGUUUCACCAUUUGAUUUACUAUGGUUCAUGGUCUAGUUCCUUUGUCUUGUCCAUGAUUUGCAGCACUGUCUUGAAUGCCUACCACUUUCUAAGAAGGUUUUUACGUUUCCAGCUAGAAGCUUUCUUUUUAAACGUGUUAACAAGACUUGCAAGUUUCGGAAGCUCAAUUUCGAUUCAAGAAGUAGCAGGUGAGGGAAUAAUAAACUUUUGCAGACAACCAACAUUCAUCAUAGAAGCUUAUGUGAACUUUGACUGCGAUCCGUGUUGCCGGAACGUAUUCGAGGAUUUUGGCAGGCUUCUAUGCAAGCAUUCAUUUGCAGGGAGUGGUUCCUCCACAAGCAUGCAAAUCCAAGCCUUUGAAGGACUAUUGAUUCUGAUUCACCACAUUGCAGACAACAUUGACAAAGAUGAUUCAGGUCCUUUAGGUGCUUAUGCAGUUCAAUUGAAUGAGUAUAUACCUUUUUGGGAAGACAUGGAGAGAGAUGAAGAUGAAUUGGACACUUGGGUGGAACAUGUAAGGAUGAGGAAAUAUCAGAAGAAGAAAUUGCUGAUUGCUGCAAACCAUUUCAACAGAGAUAAUAAGAAGGGUCUAGAGUACUUGAAGCAUGCUAAAUUGAUAUCUGAUCCUCCGGAUCCAAAAGGGUAUGCUUACUUUUUUCGAUACACACCCGGCCUAGAUAAGAAGAUCAUAGGAGAAUACCUUGGAGACCCUGAUGAAUUCUACCUCAAAGUUCUCAAGGAGUUCACAGAGACAUUCCAUUUCAAUGGGAUGGUUCUUGACACUGCUCUUCGUUUCUAUCUAGAGAGUUUCUUGUUGCCAGGGGAGUCACAAAAGAUUCAGCGCAUACUCGAAGCCUUUUCGGAUAGAUUCUAUGAUCAGCAAUCAUCAGACUUGUUUGCAAGCAAGGACACUGUUCUUAUCCUCUGCUAUUCCCUUAUCAUGCUCAAUACUGAUCAGCACAAUCCUCAAGUUAAGAAGAAGAUGACAGAAGAAGAAUUCAUUAGGAACAAUCGCGCAAUCAACGCAGGACAGGAUCUGCCUAGAGAUUAUCUUUCAGAGCUUUUUCAGUCCAUUUCAAGUUAUGCAAUUGCCCUUGACACAAGUACUGUGUCACUAGACAUGACACCAAGCAGGUGGAUUCAGCUCAUAAACCGAUCCAAAGUGUCACAGAACUACAUACAAUGUGACUAUGAUCGCAGAUUAUGCAGGGAUAUGUUUGCUUGCAUUGCUGGUCCAUCGGUUGCGGCUCUUUCAUCAUUCUUUGAGCAUAAUGAUGAAGAGGAGCUGCUCCAUGAAUGCAUUGAAGGCUUGUUCUCGGUUGCGAGGAUUGCUCAGUAUGGACUAGAAGAUACCCUUGAUGAGCUCAUAACAUCUUUCUGCAAAUUCACCACAUUGCAGAAUCCAUAUGCUUCUCCAGAGGAGACUCUCUACACAUUUGGCCAUGAUUUGAAGCCUAGAUUGGCAACAGUUGCUGUUUUCACCAUAGCAAACAUGUUUCGCAACGGGAUUAGAGGGGGUUGGAAGAACAUUGUAGACUGCUUGAUAAAACUCAAGAGGCUUAAGCUGAUUCCCCAAUCUGUUCUUGAUCUUGAGCAAUCUGCAGAUGCACCAACCACACCUGAAUCAGCUGCAUCUCCUACUGAAGAUCAUAGAUUUAGCAGCCACCAAAUGGGUACCAUAAUGCAACGCUUUACUCUCCUUUCGCCGGACAACAUGGAUGAUGGAAUAAACCUUAGUAACGAAUCGGAUAGGAAUAUCAAGAUGAUCAAACUGUGCCAAAUUGGUAGCAUCUUCAGUACGUGUUCAAACAUUCCCAUAGAAUCCUUGCACAGCCUUGGGAGAUCUUUGAUAUCUGCGGCUGCCGGAAAAGGCCAAAAGUAUAGCACACAGCACGAUGAGGAAGAAACCAUUGAGUUCUGUUGGGAACUACUCAGUGCAGUAGCCAUAGCUAAUGCUCACAGGUUCCACAUGUUUUGGCCAAAUUUCCAUGAAUAUCUUCUAGCAGUUGUUCAGUUCCAAAUGUUCUCCCCAGUCCCAUUUGCUGAGAAAGCUCUUUUAGGCCUUCUCAAGAUUUGUCUAAAGCUCUUUUCCCAACCAGUUGAUGACAAGAUAAGCGAGGAGGCCAUAUUCAAGUCCAUAACUUUAAUGUGGAAGCUUGAUAAAGAGAUCCUUGACACAUGCCAUGAUAUCAUUUCUCAAACAUCCAGCCGAAUAGUCACCGACUAUGCUGCAAAUUUGCAGACUCCUUUCGGAUGGAAAUCGCUCUUAAACUUGCUUUCAGUCGCCUGGAGGUAUCCGGAAACCUACGACUUGGGAGUGGAUGCGUUGGUUACUUUGUUUUCUGAUGGAACUCAUGUGUCACGAACGAAUUAUGCGUUUUGCAUUGAUUGUGCUUUUGGUUGUUUUCUAGCUAAGAACAGUCCUGCAGAUAAAAAGAAGAAGAUGUUAGAUAUAUUAGCCGAUUCGGUUAACUUGUUGAUCCAUUGGCACAGGACUCUAUACUCAGAUCCUGGGAGUAAUUUCAGUAUAUCAAGCAGCACAAGCUCUUCCUCUAAUGAGGAAACUAGCAGAAGCCUUGCAAACUACAACAUGAACCUACAAGAAGAGAUAAGAAACCAUGCAGUUCAUUCUCUUCACAAGAGUUUCUUGCUUGCUGAGGAACUCCUUUUUAUAUCAUCCAAUUGCAUCAACUACUUCAACCUUGUGAUCUUCGCCAUGGUCGACGAGCUUCACGAGAAGAUGCUGGAGUACUCGAGGAGGGAAGGCGCAGAAAAGGAAAUGAGGAGCAUGGAAGGGACACUUAAGCUUGCAAUGGAGCUGUUUACUGAUAUGUUCUUGCAGUCAUUGAGGCAAAUAGCUGAGAGCCCUGGAUUUAGGACAUUCUGGUUAGGCAUAUUGAGGAGGAUGGACACGUGUAUGAAAGCUGACUUGGGGCAUUAUGGUCCAUCAAGUUUGAGUGACAUCAUACCUCAUUUGUUGAAGAAGAUAAUAACACAGAUGAAGGAGCAAGAGAUUUUGGUGCCCAAAGAAGAUGAUGAUAUGUGGGAGAUCACAUACAUUCAGAUACAGUGGAUAUGUCCUGCUAUCAAGGAUGACUUAUUCCCAAUGUAG